AUGACUCAAACAGCAGGUCAAAUAUUAGGUCACGCCGUUCCAGAUUGCCAAUGGAUCCCGUCCAUCAUUUACAUUUUGCCAUCGUUUGAAAGCCGAAAUUCUAAUUCAACUUCAACAAUAGCUGCUUACCAACGGUUUCCAGAAAUAGUGAGAGAAUGGACCGGAUUCAAUCAAAAUGUCAGACUUACUACUGCUGGUAGACAAUUUCCCCCUCCGGGAGGACAAUUUGAUACAUACCCAGCUAUAAAUUUCCCUCUCAGACUUGAAGGAGAUGUAAAAGAUCGUUUUUAUUUGAAUGUUUUAGCGCCUGUCCAAGCAUUAUUCCCACCAGGAGCAAUUUUUGGAGUUACAUCCCCCGGAUUUUUGGGCUCUUCUGAUCAUGUUUUAAGCACUAAUAAUUUCACAGUGGCCAAGAUGCCUGUGGAAUAUAAAACGCGUCACAAUCUUAACUUAAUUGGUUAUCAUUUCUGUCGACUUGCCGACCGGCGCCUAAUCACGGAUUUACGUUUUAAAUUCAAGAAAAGGAUCCUAUCGCAGAUAUUUGGUCAAAUGGCCUGUAAUGGCCUCCAUUAUGGCAUUUUAUCAAAUUAUAGCGAUAUCCAACUUGCCAUUAAUGAUAAUGUCGGCAAUAGAUUAAGACGUGUAGUGAAUGCUGAUAUUUCAUCUGAUGAUGAUGAUGAUGAUUCUGACUCUAGUUACCAUGAUCAAGAUGAUAAUGACGACCCUUACUACCCUGAUGACUCUGAAUCCUCUGAUGAUGAUGAUGAUGAUUAUUAUGUUUCUUCAGGAAGAAAGAGGAAGAGAGCAUCAGAGAGCAGUAGUAAAUCAGUUGCAACUGGAAUUACUACUGUAGGCGAGUACAUAGGCGGUGGGUCCUUCGGAAAAGUUUUUUCUGGGCAUUAUAAUAAUCAAGUUGUAGCAUGGAAGACUUGUGACGCAUAUAAGCAACAAGAGGAGAUGAAAACGCUAAAUCAUGAAGCUCGUAUAUAUUCUAUUUUGAAAGAAUGUCAAGGUCGUGAUAUUCCACGUUUAUUCUAUAAAGGUUACAUUUAUGACAGAUAUCUUUUUGCAUUAGCGUUACAGUUAAUUGAGGACUCCCGUCAUAUUGAUCCAGCAAGACUCACAAAAAAGGAGAAAGAGUUAAUAGUCAAUCAACUUAGAUCAAUACAUAAUCUUGGCGUCUUACACAACGAUAUUUCCCCAAGAAAUAUACUAUAUGAGCCAAAAAGUCGCCGUUACUUUUUUAUUGAUUUUGGCCUAAGUGAGAUUGUGGAUAAUAAAUCACCAAAAUUGCACAAGGAAGAAGCAAGAUUAAAAAAAAUUUUACAACUUUAAACAUCUGAAUGUAUAGAGAAAAUUUGAAUCAACUAUUGGUGAUUGUUCACUUCAUUUCGUUGGCAUUACAAUUAUCAUUAUCACGCUAGGUGAAGCAUAAAUAAAUUUAUUGCAAGCUACAAUGUAUAUAAAAUGUAAAUCAUGAAAUAAACAAUAUAUUUUGCGCAACUUAUUUCUUCCAAUGCAUAUUAAAAUACUAGGAAACGGGAACCGUUGGAGCGUCCGAAGUAUCACUGGUCGAAUGAUGAGGUAUCGGGUUAUAAAUUAUAAUG